CUUCUCUUAAUCUAAAUUACUCGGGAUUUCGCCAGCGCGUGGACAAUACCAGAAUAACUGCCGUUCCGUUCCCGCGCUCUUUUCUGGUUCAACCAAGCUUUCCUGACAUCGCGCCCUGACGAUCUCCGUUCUUCCUUCUGACCUUUCCUACCAUCACAUUCUUUACUUGUUUUCUCUGCACAAUUCAGGCCCUUGGGGAGUUUGUCUUUUGAUCUGGGCCAAUUCACGGAUCGGAGAUCGGAGGUCAACGCCGCCAGCUUGACAUGUGUGGUUCGGAUAGAUCUGCCAUGCAACUGGGGCUGGUGAGAGAGAGCCUGUUUCACGUCGGUACCUUCUCAGUGAUUGCAAGUACUUUCUGUGGAUGACUCCAUACAGAUACCUAUAUCCGAUCGAUGUUGUGUUUUCGUUUCCCAUCGGGAACGCCGGGAUCAUUAUUGCUGUCCUGUUGGACUCCAACCAUGCCCCGUGGGGUUCUCUGGCAAACACUUGACAUCACCAACACGGCACGGUCGGCUUUUCCAACCGAUCGCAUGGAGAAGAUACUCGUUUUUCGGACUAGAGUAGUCAUUAGCGUGAACAAGUUCAGGAUACAGCAUCAUAAAUUGGCAAUACUGGAUCACAGUAGAGACAGCUGGCAGUGCCAAUCCUUGGGCAAUAGCAAUGAUGUCUAUUAUAGCGGCAUCUUGACAGUGCGAUUGUAUCUUGCUCAGCCACAAAUCUAUCGAGGGUUCUUUUUGCGAUUGUGCGGGACGAACGAAUCCACGAAUUGCACCGCCACGGAUCCAGGAAGUUGCUCAAAUGCGCAUUCCUCAUGCGGAUGUCUCGGCCAUUCGUCGAUUCUGAUUCUGCUCAGCAAUCAGCUAGUCUGCGCGGCGGAGAAGUCUCAAGACCAGAGAGACCUGAGAGAAGAGGAAGUGGGGGAGGCCUCUGAUCUAGAAGUCCUUCGAAACCCUUUCCUAUGCUGCUGUCGAACUUCAUGCUCGCCUGGCAAUUUCCUCGUAGACGUUAUACCUGAACGUUAUCCAGAUGCGAGACAGGAGCGUUCCGAUGUGCUCUCUGCAUACAUGUUUGGUUUCAGGCUACCGAUGAGGAAUGGGCCAGUUCGGAGACAGGGACCUUCUUCGGCCACCCUCCGGCCUACCUCCCACAACUGGACAUAG